AUGGGUGAGUGGACAAUUUUGGAGAGGCUCCUGGAAGCUGCAGUCCAACAACACUCUACUAUGAUCGGAAGGAUCCUCCUCACAGUGGUGGUGAUCUUCCGAAUCCUAAUUGUUGCCAUAGUAGGGGAGACAGUCUAUGAAGACGAGCAGGCCAUGUUCAUGUGCAACACUCUUCAGCCGGGCUGUAACCAGGCAUGUUACGACAGAGCUUUCCCCAUCUCCCACAUCAGAUACUGGGUCUUCCAGAUCAUCCUGGUGUGCACGCCUAGCCUCUGCUUCAUCACGUACUCUGUGCACCAAUUGUCUAAGCAGAAGGAAAAACGUUUCUCCAUGCUCUGUCCACUUCUGGAUCGGGAUUCCACCAGGGUUUCCACGGAACAGAAGGAGGACAAAAGGCCAAGAUGUAGUCUUGUCAAUGGGAUCCUGGGCCAGAGUCCUGAGGGAUAUCCAAAGGCACUGGAUGUAGACUACAUGGAGGGAAAGAAGCUGUCUAAUCUCUCAAGUUGGAUCAGUAGCAAAAGCAUGAAGAUGAAAUGUCAGGAGGGCAUCUCGAGAUUUUACAUUAUCCAGGUAGUCUUCAGGAAUGCCUUGGAGAUCGGCUUCUUGAUGGGACAGUACUUCCUCUACGGGUUCAGUGUUCCUGCGAUCUUUGAGUGUGACCGGUAUCCAUGUGUUAAGGAGGUGGAAUGUUAUGUGUCCCGACCAACGGAAAAGACAGUCUUCCUGGUCUUCAUGUUUGCCGUCAGUGGCAUCUGUGUGGCUCUGAACCUAGCGGAGCUCAACCAUUUGGGCUGGAGGAAGAUCAAGGUGGCCGUCAGAGGGGUACAAGCCAAGAGGAGGUCCGCGUUUGAGGUUAGGAAGAAGGUCCUGCCGUAUUUCGGCAGCCAGGGGAGGACCCAAUCCAGUGAGUCUGCGUAUGUCUGA